AUGCCUUUCGGUCGUUCCGCCAAACCAAACAACCGAUCUCAACAACACCUGGUUGAAUCGGCUGGGCCCGCCGCCGUUUCUGGCUCCUCGCAAGCUGCUGCCGGCGUCGAUUCCGCUGGAGGUGCUUCUUCUGCCUCUGUCUCGUCUGCAUCUGCCUCUGCUGCCGGCCAAGGCAUUUCCACUUCCGGCGUCGCUGGCGUUCAACCCGGUCCCGGUCACGGUCACGGUCACGGUCUCGGUCACAGUCAAGCCCAGUCCAUUUCCCAUUCGCAUUCUCAGUCCCAGUCCCAGUCCCAGUCCCAGUCUCUGUCCCGGUCCCAGUCCCAUCUGGUCGGAGCCCAAUCUCAGGGCCCCUCCUCCACCUCUUCUUCAGCCUUGGGCCCCUCCAGCAACACCUCUGAAUCCUUCGUCCAGGAUCUGCGGGCUGCCAACCAACCACCGCCGCCGCCGCCAUCUCACCUGUACUCGUCAGCUUCCACCGCCUCGUCGAGUCCAAACUCGUCGUCCCAUCACCAAAACCAAUUGCACCAGCUGCACCCCCUCAACACCGCCAGCCCUGUCCCCGACGCGAGGGUCCGCAAGGCUGCGCAUGAAUUCGCAGAUGCUGUCGCCAGAUCGCAGUCUCAGAGAUAUCACCAAGUAGCCACCCCCGUCCAGCCUAACCCCUCCUUUGGCUCCUCCUACGAAGACCUCUCCAAGCCCUUCAACCCCCCGCAACCGCCCCUCGCUUACCACCACCAUCAGCAUCACCAACCCCAGCCGCAGCUCCAGCAGCAGCAGCAGCAGCAGCAGCAGCAGCAGCAAGCCCCGCCUCCCGUCGAGUCCAGGCGCUCCACCCGCCGACUGAUCAAGAACAUCCUCGCCGGCGCUCCCAACCUCAACAAGCAGGACCAGGGUCGCUCCGAGUACACGCCCCACCAUCACCCCUCCCACUCCCAGCACGCCUACGACAACACCGCUGGCCUUGCCCGUCGGCCGUCCAAGCGCAUCAGCAACCCGCCUGCACUACGGACCGGCCCGUCUCAGGUUUCCCUCGACCAGCAGCCCGCCGAGUGGCAGUCCCAAGGACCCCAGACCCAACCAUCGCCCUUGCAAAACAACCCUCACGAGUUCCAGCAACCCACCCUCCGUCGAGUUCCUACGAACCAGGAUACGUCACCGUAUUCAGACGACGGCGGUUUCAUUCACCCGCACGGUCAGAUCCAUAUCCAGACCCAGCUGACGCCCGACCAACAGCAACACUUGGGUCAGGUCGCCUUCGAUCCAGCGACGCGACAGUACCAGUUCAUAUCCCAUUCUCCCCAGAGACAGCUGCAGCCCGAAGGCAACCAGCCUGCGUUCUCUGGUCACUUAGGUGCCGAACAGCACCACAACCCAGAGACAAUAUCCCAGUUGUCGCAUGAGUCGCCUGCUACCGACGGAGAACACCUCCUCUCUUCCAACGCGCAUUCCACAGCAACAUCCCCUGCUGUGAGGUACUCGGGCCACGUCCAAGACUUUCCCUCUCGAUCGACGUCUCUGCAGCCACACAACCAGCAACUACAGCAGCAGCAGUCUUCCCCGGACGGCCAGCAACAAGAGCACCACAGCCAACAGGGUAUGGCUCCGCAGGGAGGGCCGCCUCAGACAAGACGGUCGCAGGAAACCGAAAAGAGUCUCCGCGGCGAUAUUCCCCCAGGGCCCCCACCUGGCUACAGACACAGUCAGCAGCCGUCCAACAGCAUGAAUACUCUACCUUCAGCCCCGCAAGGCUCACAAAGCGCCCAAGGCCCGAACCCUAGCUUUCGUCAAAGCACUAUUCAAGACAGGCAACAGCAGCAGCAGUUCGACGGCGCAGGAGAGCAAGGUCGCAACAGCCCACAACCUUCAGAAGAUCCCGAGAAGGCUUUUAAAGAUUUGCUGACAAAGUACAAAAAUGUUAAGCGCUUGUAUUUCGAUGGCAAGACCCAGAUCGAGCAACUGAAUGGUCAGGUGGAGCAGCUUCAGAAUGCGGUCGCCAACCAAAGGAUCACACAGUCCCGCACGGCACUGGACGACAAUGAGUACAUGACGAGGUUUAACAGGCUGAAUGGGGCAAUCAACAAUUUGUCCUUCAACAUUCGCAAGGACUGGGUGUCAGUUCCGAGCUGGUUGGAGAGCUACGUCAGCAGCGAGGCUCUCAAGACAGGCAAACAAGAGAUGACAGCAGUUGGCCGAGCUGUCAUCACAAGAUGGAUCGUCGAGGAGAUAUUCCACGGCUGUUUCCAUCCCGGGCUCGACCCUGAACUCAGCAGACAGCUGAAAGAAAUCGAGCAGAACAUUCGCAGGGGCAACUACACGAUGACCAGUCAGGAAGAGCAUGACGCUCUGACAUCCAAGGUUGUGAGCUGGAGGAUGACGACACUUGACGGCCUGCAACACAUUCUACAGUCGGCCGAGAGUUCUGAUCACCGCCAAGACUUCAUCCGCAAAGCUACGUCAAAUCUAACUGCAUAUCUCUUCCAGCAUCUCACCGAGCCACCCCCGGCUGGCGUUGAUGGGAGCGCAAGCAUGAUCGUGGAGCUCGCUGUCGGCAUAGCAGCAAAUCUACCACUGGAGAGUCGGGACGUGGCAAUCAUUUAUCCGCUACCACAGGACAACCUUCAACCGAACAUCAUGGAAGUUGAAAAGGCGCCGCUUCCGCCGAUCGAGACAAGACCACCCGAUAGUGACGGAGAUGCGGACUCGAGAGGGGAGGACAAUGGAAAGGACAGCGGCGGUGAGAAGAGCAGCAGUAAAGAGCGCAACAGCAAGUCCAGAGCCGCUUUGCCACCAAAGGACAGCAACAAGUUGCGGUUCGCCGGAUUCCUCGCCGUCGAGGUUCGAGGGCGACAGGUGCUCGUCAAAGCGCCCGUGUGGACGUUGGGUUGA